GAUUGUAGUGCAAUCUGAUUCUGCAACUGGCGAUGCUUCAAGCAGACAAGCAGCCAACCAUCACUUUUUUAACAACAUCAUAUUUUUUAAGAUAAUUUGAAAAUGUUACGUUUGAUAAGUAAAAAGUUGUUAGCUACUUAUUCUCCCAUCUCACCUUGUGCACAAUGUGGUCUGGUACAGAAGCUUCGCAGCCUGUCGCUGGACGAUAACUUGUUAAAAGCCGAUAUCAAAGGCGACUACAAAUUCUUAGAUCCUGACAACCAUUACCAAAAAUUUCGCCAAGUUUGGUUAGAAAAUUUGGAUACAACGCAGGAGAAAAAGCUCGGUAUCAUAUCCUUGCAUCCAGAAAUUUUUGCUACCAAACCAAGGGUCGACAUCAUUCAUCAAAACAUCACCUGGCAACGACUUUUCAGGUAUAUCAAUUACGCUUGUACUAAAGUUACAUCCGAAGUCCGAGGAGGUGGUCGCAAACCCUGGCCACAAAAAGGCAUGGGCAAAGCUCGUCAUGGCAGCAUAAGAUCUGUACUCUGGCGUAAAGGAGGUAGAGCACAUGGCCCACGAGGCCCAAAACCUUAUUUCUACAUGCUUCCCCAUCAUAUACGAGUAUGGGGUCUUGUUAGUGCCUUUUCAACCAAACUUGCUCAAGAUGACUUACACAUAGUUAAAAGUCUCGAUAUUCCCACUGAUGAUCCAGAAUAUGUGACUCAACUUGUUAAGGAAAGAAAUUGGGGUCCCAGUGUUCUAUUCAUUGAUGUAUCUGAUAUUAUGCCAUUGAAUCUUAUAACUGCUACAGACUCUAUCAAGCACAUCAAUUGCAUGCCUGGCUAUGGUUUAAAUGUUCACAGUAUAUUGAAACAUAAUACUCUAGUAUUGACAGAAGAUGCAGCUUCAUGGGUUCAAGGAAAGCUCCUUUAUCAUUUGAAUCAGAUCAAACCUCCAGAAAAUAUUAAAUAAUAUGUAACAAUGUAAAUAAUAUAUCAAUUUAUAUUUUAAGAGUCCAAAA